AUGAAUUCAGACUCCAGCCCGAGCAGCAGAGCCUCCUCUCCGGACAUGGACAGCUUGUUUCUCCGAGAACACCUCCCUCAUCUACAUCAUCACCACCACCACCCAGGCUCCUCAGUGUCCUCCUCCACGCAGAGCGGUGAGCGCCAGAAGAUACCCGAGCACCUGCGGUCCGGAGACAGCAAGUCUGUAGGAAGCAGCAGCAGCAGCAGCAGCAGCAGCAACAAGUAUAAACUGAAGAAGCAGGUCAGCGAGGAAGACAUGUUCCAGCUCCGCCUCAAGAUUAACGGCCGGGAGAGGAAACGCAUGCACGACCUCAACCUGGCCAUGGACGGCCUGCGCGAGGUGAUGCCAUAUGCGCACGGGCCCUCGGUUAGGAAGUUGUCCAAGAUCGCCACGCUGCUUCUCGCCAGGAACUACAUCCUGAUGCUCACCAGCUCCGUGGAUGAGAUGAAGCGGCUGGUGGGGGAGAUUUACGGAGGGCAGCACUCCGCUUUCCACUGUGGCACUGUGGCUCACCCCGCCGGUACCGGACCACACUCCGGUCACGGUGGCCCAGCAGCUGCAGCCGCCGCCGCCGCAGCCGCAGCCGCUGCCCACCAGAUGCACCCUCUCCUCGGGAGCGUGCUGUCUUCUUCCACAUCCUCCACCCUGACCAGCGCGCUGCCGGGACUCCCGUCUAUCCGGGCCCCCCACUCCUUGAUGAAGGGCUCUCCGGCUGCGCCCCCGGCCCUGCAGCUGGGCUCUGGCUUCCAGCACUGGGCCGGACUGCCGUGCCCCUGCACCAUCUGCCAGGUGCCUCCUCCUCCACAGAUUCCCAUCACCUCCACCGGCCUCACGAGACUCACAGGGGAGGGAAAGGACGUGAUGAAAUGA